UGGGCCAUUUGCAGGGACCCCACGCACUGGGACGCCGCCGAGGAGUUUAUGCCAGAGAGGUUCGAGCGCGGUGACGCCGCGGACUUCAAGGGGGCUGACAUGGAGUACACGCCGUUCGGGGCGGGCCGGCGGAUGUGCCCCGGGAUGUCCUUCGGGCUGGCAAACGUGGAGCUCGCUCUCGCCGGGCUGCUGUACCACUUCGACUGGGAGCUGCCGGGCGGAGCGGAGGCCGGGGAGCUGGACAUGGCGGAGGAGAUGGGCGUCACCGUGCGCCGCCGCAACGACCUCGUGCUUGUCCCCGUGGUGCGAGUGCCCGUGCCGCUAAAUUAGUUGAUAAAAGCUUCGGUUAAUCUUUUUCGGUUAAUCUGGUUUCUGGAAGCGGGCAAUGAAGUAUUCUUCUGCAUGCAGUUGGUAUCCCUCCUGUAUCUUCGCCUUCCCUCUCAAAUUCGGCGCUUCAUUCAUGAUGUGUUUCUUCUCUUCUUUUGUUUGCACUCUGUAUCUUUUGCUGCUUUGCUUUUUUCUCUUUGUUUGUUUGUAUGUUGCAAUGU